AUGGCGAAAGACGAGCCGCAGCAACGCGCUGCUGAUGAUGAUGGCCGCAUAGACGAUUCCAUUGCCGGCUGUGGUGGCGACGACGCGCGGGGUUCGGGUGAUGGGCAAGGGGACGCGGUUGUCUUUACGCCGACGGCUGCUCGCGUGGACGUGCACCCUCUUGUUUUGCUCUCUCUCGUUGACCACUACGCACGAGUGAACGCCAAGGUGGUGCAAAAGCGCCGCGUCGCUGGCCUUCUGCUCGGUCGCUACAAGCGUCUCCCGGACGGGACGCCGUUGCUGGAUAUCAACAACAGUUUUGCUGUGCCUUUUGAUGAGGACCCACACAACUCGGAUGUGUGGUUUGUCGACACAAACUACGCGGAUGAGAUGUUUCAUAUGUUCCGUCGUGUGUUCCCAAAAGUGCAGGUUGUUGGUUGGUACUCUGCUGGGCCAUCGUGCACCGUUCAACCAAACGAUAUGCUGCUUCACUUGCUCCUAGCCGAUCGUUUCACCGCCAACCCGGUGUACUGCAUUGUGAACACGGACCCCAGCAAUAAGGGUGUCCCUGUGCUAGCAUACACAACGGUCCAGGGCCGUGAGGGGGCCCGUUCUUUGGAGUUCCGCAACAUCCCGACGUACCUGGGCGCGGAGGAGGCGGAGGAGAUAGGCAUUGAACACCUGCUGCGUGACCUGACAGACUCCACCAUUACAACGCUUUCGACGCAGAUCCAGGAGCGGGAAUUCUCGCUGGCCCACCUCAGUUGUGUCCUGCAGUCCAUUGAGGACUACUUGCACGACGUUGCGGGGGGUCUAAUGCCCAUUUCGGAGGAUGUGCUGAGUGUGCUGCAGGAAGCCAUCAGCCUGCAACCGCAGAUCUACCAUCUCAAGACGUCCACGGAGAUGAUUCGUCACUCGAAUGAUCAGGCAAUUGCCAUGUUCGUCGCCGCGAUUGGCCGCUGCCUUGGCGCCCUCUACGAUGUCAUUGCGAACCGACGCCGCAUCAAUCGUGAGAUGGUGGAGGUGAAGGCGCGCCGUGAGGAGGCACUGAAGAAGAAGCAGCUGGAGCACGAGCAGCACAAGGCGAAGGAGGCCCUCUCCACCCACGACAAUGCUGAGGGGACUGCGAAGUAG